AUGCACGCAAUAGCUAAUCCGGGUAUUUUUUCUUUCUUUCUUUCUUUCUUUCUUGCUUGCUUGCUUUCUUUCUUUCUUUCUUUCUUUCUUUCUUUCUUUCUUGCUUUCUUUCUUUCUUGCUUUUCUUUCUUUUCUUGCUUGCUUGCUUUCUUUCUUUCUUGCUUGCUUGCUUUCUUUCUUUCUUGCUUUCUUUCUUUCUUGCUUGCUUUCUUUCUUUCUUGCUUGCUUUCUUUCUUGCUUGCUUGCUUGAUUUCUUUCUUUCUUGCUUUCUUUCUUUCUUUCUUGCUUGCUUGCUUUCUUUUUGCUUGCUUGCUUUUUUUCUUUCUUGCUUUCUUUCUUUCUUGCUUUCUUUCUUUCUUUUUUGCUUUCUUUCUUUCUUUUUUGCUUGCUUUCUUUCUUUCUUUUUUGCUUUCUUUCUUUCUUUUUUUUUCUUUCUUUGUCUCUUUCUUUAUUUUUUCGUUUUUCAAACAUUUCAUUUUUAUCACCAUUGAUUUCAUUCUCUCUCUCUCUCUCUCUCUCUCUAUCUCUCUCUCUACUUACUACUUGCUUUCUUUCUUUCUAAGACAAUUCUUUUCAUCUCACCAAAUUUUAUUAUUUCUCUCUCUCUCUCUCUCUCUCUCUCUAGUUGUUUCUUUAUUUCUUUUUAAUAUAUUUCUUUUCGUCACCACUAAUUUUCUUCUUCCAUCCCUCUUUUGUUUUUUCUUCCUAUUUGUGUUAAUUUUUCAUUUAUCACUUCAUUAUUUCUCUCUACUGCUAUUUUUACAUUCAUUCUUUCUUUUUUCAUCCGGGACAUUUAUUAAUGUCUUACUCAUUUGA